GAAAAGUCUAUUGAUCUGAUGUUAUGUAUGUUGUUAUGGUUACAUUUUAAAAUAAAUAAUCUGGAACAACGGCUGCUAUUUUUGUUACAUGUGCCUAUCACCUGUCAACCUUGCAUUUUUUCCAUUUUCCUUUUGAACAUGAGUUAAGACUAGGUUUUAGAAAUAUAUACAUAUACAAUUACAUUUGUAUGUAUGCGUAUAUAGGUAAUCCGGUACAGUUUUCCCGCUGAGGAUGGUGGGCACAUCCGUUGUCGAAGAUGAAUCGGAAAGGAAUUUCUCCAGUGCGCGUUAUAAAAAUAAAGAAACAAGAAAUGUCAUGAACCACGAUUUCAAACCUAUGUUUCCUGACUCGCUAAAUCAAAAGCUUAAAGCUGAAGUCGAUGGGUUACAAUGUGAAAAUUUGCGCUUGCGCAAGUGCCUUCAAGAGGCAGAAAAAAAGCUUUGUGAUUCAAGAGGUACCGUAGACAUACCGUCCCCUUUACGGGGUUUGGGUCGUUCCUCAGACCUAGCAGCUAGCAAAAUCGUCGAACUCAGUAAAAAGGUCCGGGAGCUAAAUGCCAAAUUGGGGACAGCACAAUCGAAAGCGCAAAGCGCUGAGGCUCAGUUGGCCGUUUACAUAGCGAGCAAAGCAUCUGUGAUAGAAGAGCCUACGCAAGACGAGCCAACUCUCCUCGAGCAGAAAGACAAUCAGCUAAAAGAAUUACAAGAAAAAUUAACCACAGCGAAUAAUAAGCUUUGCGAUGCUAGAAAUCAGGUUCAACAAUUGAAACACGAACUUAAACUAUCCCAAAAGGUCUUAGCCAGCGAAGUAGGAGAUGAAGCUACUCUUCAGAAUGCUUUGUCAGGUACGGGGAAUUGGAGAGGGAGAGCACAGCAGAUUAUUGCACUCCAACAGAAAGUAAGCGAACUCACAAAUAAGCUGUCAACAACCGAUAUACCUCAUUUAGAAAAAUCCGCAAUAUCUGUUGCCACGAUGGAAAGGCAUGCUGAUAAGGAGAAAAUGAAUGCUCUCACGAGGGAAGUUGAAGCUUUGAAAAUGGAGCUGUCUGACACAAGAAAUAAAAUGGACGCUUCGAGAGCAAGGGUGAAAGUGCUUACAAAUGAACUGGGUGGUUGCAAAGCGCAAAUACACAACCUAACCACUAAAGGAUUGCAAGAUGAACAAAUGAUUUCAAAAUUAACUGAACAAAUAGGUGGUAUGAUGGAAAGGUCGAAAGAGCGUGAAGAGUCUCUUUUAAAAAGUCUUAAAGACAGAAUUAACGACAUGUCGAUUGAAUUGAACCAAGAGAAAGCAAAGGUAGAACAAUUGAGAGCAGUUAUAGCAGAGCAAGAAGAUAAAAUAGAAAGACUUGAGAGUAAAAAUCAAGAUCAUAAAAUGGACACUCAAAGCCCUGUGCAAAUAAUGGAAUUUAAUGACUGUCGCCCAAUGUCUACUGCAAGUAGUUUUGACAGACAUUCUUCAGGCUCUGGAUGUAUUCUUCAAACGUCAGAGGCAGAACGUUUAAGAUUGAUGGAACUUGUAUCUGUAUUGAACAAGAGGCUAGACAAUGAAAGGAAAACUUUAGAAAAGGCGAUGGAUGAUUUAAGAAGGGAAAGGCACAAAGGUGCUAAAAUGGAGACAAAGUUAGCUAAAUUGGAAAUGGAAAAGAUUGGCUGCAGUAGGGGAAACAGUUGCAGCAGCGUCUAUCAGAAGUCUGUGCCUAAAACCGCACAAUCUUCAUAUUCAACUGCGGUCAACGCUGAGUUGGAGAUGGCGAGAGACAGGUGUGAACUUCUUCAAGAGAAAGUCCUCGCGCUCGAGACGAGGCUCGAAACUCUCAAACAAGAAAGGGAGGAGGAUUCGCGAAUUUACAUGAACAUAUUGGAAGAAACGAGAAACACUGUAAAAGAGCAUCUUCGAAGUUCAGCCAAAAGUUCGAGCAUUCCUUCGACUGUGAUUGUACCUUGAUGAAAUGAUCGGUAUGUCUUGUUUGAAAGUCAAACGAGGCCUGUUUAGAAGCAAAAUUAAAUUGAAUUUUUUAGAAAUUCCAUCGCUCUAUAUGAAUAACACUUAGGUAUAUAUACUGAUGGAAUGGAAACAGUACAAAUUGUAAAGAAUUGUAAUUUAGUAAAAAUUGUAGCUAUUUGUUAUGGAAAGGGAUAUCACAAAAUCAUAAUAAAAGCAAAUAAAAUAA